AUGCAUUCUAAACCCCCAUUAUCGACGAGUGAAAUUCGAGUUCCCUAUGUUCGUGGGUAUUACUCGUUUGAUUUUCCACAUAUAAAUAUUCCCCUCUCCUGUCAUCAAUUUCUUCCAAUAACAGAGAAAUCAUUUUGCUCAGUGUGUAAAUGUUCUGUGACAUCGAAAAAUGGUUUAAUAUGUACGAAGUGUGGGACAAUAGUUCACACCACCUGUCGAGAUAAGGCUUACACCUCAUGUGAAGAGAUCAAAUCAAAAGACAAAGGAUAUACCCAAUCCUUAGAAGAGUAUAUUGCAGUCAGUCAUUCGACUUCCCAACCACAUCUUUUAGUUCAAUCCAAAACAAAGAGUGAUGUUUGUCAGUUGUGUAAUCUUGGGAUUAAAAGUACCUGUCGCAAGUGUUUAUGUUGUGGCGCCUUUUUCCACGACACCUGCAACCCCCUUCGUGAUUGCAAAAAGUGUUAUUCGAGUGACACAAACUCUGCUUUACAACACCACUUUAUACACGGUGCUAAAAACGUCCACUUGAAGUGUUUUGUGUGUAAAACACCAAUUCAAUCCAAUUUCGGGUUCACAUGUGUCUGGUGUGGCAUGCAAGUCCACACGGAGUGUCUUGACAAAAUCACGUACUAUUGUUCUUGUGGGAGAUUUGGCUUCUUAAUUUCAAGACCAACAGAUCUGACUGAUCAAUACAUUUUUGUGUGUCAUUUCUAUACGGACGAAUACUACUUUUUACUCCGAAGUGUCAACCCAAGACAACUCGUCUUCGACCCACACGAUUUUAACAUCAAAAUUACUAAGAAAAAUGUGACGAGAAAUGUCCUGUUCAUACAUUCCGGGGAAUUGCGUGUACUUCACACCUUCUUGCAUUUACUUGAUAGUAAUAUGAAGAUCCUGACUCUCCAAAAUGAUGUUGGGAAAGCUCUUGGGUGGUCUAUGAAAUUAGAUAAGGCUUUCAGCUAUAUACAAAACAGUUGUGAGUCACGGGUAGACAUCUGGGAACUAAGUCCUUAUAAUAUCGAAUUCUUGGGAUACUUUGGAAUUGGUAUCGACGCUUAUAGUCUCACAGCUAAGACAUCAAAAGACCAUAAAAUACACUUGGAAAGGUAUUUGGACCUUUUGAUCGACGGAGUUCAAGUGGACUUGGCUAGUUACUGUGGUGUCCUCUUUAUGAACAUCAACACAUUUAAUGGUAACAAUAAUGAGUGCGACGAAACACUGUUAGACGACGGUGAAAUCGAAGUAUUCUUGUUCUCAAGUUUUAAGCACUUCGCAAUGUGUUUGACGGAUGAAUUAAAACCAAUUUAUUAUAGUCAGGCAAAACACGUGCAACUGAAUGUAAGAAGAACAAUUUGCGCUGAGGUUGACGGGAGUCCGUUUAGUUUGGAACAAGGUGUAUUGCAUAUGCAAUGUUCUCGACAACUCACUUGUUUGAUGUAUAAUAAACAAUAUUAUAAAUAA